AUGGUCAUGGGUAGGGUGGCUACGCUUUGGUUAGUUGGUGUGGCGUUAACAACGUUGGUGGCCGCUUCGGUCACCCCGGCCGAGGGCUCCAAGAAUCACCAUCACGAUUUCGUUAUAAAAGAGACUAACUACACAAGGCUCUGUCACGAGAAGGCCGUCCUCGCCGUGAACGGCCAGUUCCCCGGUCCGACCAUCUACGCGCGCAAGGGCGACAUCGUCGUCGUCAAUGUCAUCAACCAAGGCAACAAAAACAUCACCAUCCACUGGCAUGGUGUGGACCAGCCAAGGAACCCUUGGUCCGACGGGCCGGAGUACAUAACACAGUGUCCCAUCCAGCCCGGCGCCAACCUCACCUACACGGUCAUCUUGUCCGAGGAAGAGGGUACGCUCUGGUGGCACGCCCACAGUGACUUUGACCGCACCACCGUCCAUGGCGCCAUCGUCAUCCACCCCAAGCUCGGCACCACCUUCCCUUUCAAGAAGCCGCACAAGGAGAUACCCGUCAUCCUGGGAGAGUGGUGGAACGCCGAUGUGAACCGUCUGCUGGAGGAGGCCAAACGGACCGGUGGCGAGGUCGGUAUUUCCGAUGCGAACACCAUCAACGGCCAGCCGGGGGACCUCUUCCCGUGCUCCAUGAACGGCACCUUCAAGGUACACGUGGAGAGCGGCAAGACGUACCUGCUCCGGAUCAUCAACGCGGCGCUGGCCAACGAGCUCUUCUUCGGCGUCGCGGGGCACCGUCUCACCGUGGUUGGCACCGACGCGCGCUACACCAAGCCGUUCACCGUCGACUAUAUCAUGAUCUCGCCGGGGCAGACCGUGGACGCCCUCCUGGAGGCCGACCGCGCCACGAACAGCUCGUCCAAUGGCCGCCGGUACUACAUGGCGGCGCGGACGUUCGCGUCGAACACCGGCAUCGACUUCAAUAACAGCACCGCCACGGCCAUCGUGGAGUACAGCACUGACGCGCCGCGCGCCGCACGCGCAAGCACGCCGGAGUUCCCCAACCUUCCAGCCGUCAAUGACACCGACGCGGCGGCGGCGUACACGGAGCAGCUCCGGUCGCUGGCCAGCAAGGACCACCCCGCAGACGUGCCGGCCGGCCAUGUCGACGAGCACAUGCUCAUCACCAUCGCCGUCAACGUGCUCCCGUGCGCGGGCAACGCGACGUGCGACGGGCCCCUCGGCAGCCGCUUCGCCGCCAGCCUCAACAACGUAAGCUUCCAGACGCCCUCCGUCGACGUCCUCGACGCCUACUACGGGUCCGUCGGCGGCGGCGUGUACGAGGCGGACUUCCCCGACGAGCCGCCCUUCUUCUUCAACUUCACCGGCGACAACGUCCCCACGGAGCGCUGGUUCACCAAGCGCGGCACCAAGGUGAAGGUGCUGGGGUACGGAGCGGCGGUGGAGGUGGUUUUCCAGGACACGGCCAUCCUGGGCGCCGAGACCCACCCGAUGCACCUGCACGGGUACGCCUUCUACGUGGUGGGCAGAGGGUUGGGAAACUUCGACAGGCACAAGGAUCCGGCCACGUACAACCUGAUCGACCCGCCGUACCAGAACACCGUCUCCGUGCCCAAGGCUGGUUGGGCGGCGGUUCGCUUCCGUGCUGCGAAUCCCGGUGUGUGGUUUAUGCACUGCCACUUCGAUCGUCAUCAGGUGUGGGGGAUGGACACUGUGUUCAUCGUAAAGGAUGGCAAGACCCCCGAAGCUAAAAUGAUGCGCCGUCCUGCGGGCAUGCCUAGGUGCUAACUUCCGUCAGUAUAUGGAGUGUGACAGCACCAAUGUUAUAGGGCAAUCAAGAAUAUAAUUAUUGUCUAAUUGACUGAUGAAUUUAUUUUGCGUCGUUUAAGAAUAUAUCUAAAAGACUAAGCAGCUCUGUUAGAUUUUUAUUCGGCUGAA